CUCAUUUUCUUUGUUGCUCCAGCUGAAAAACAAGUUCAUGAAGAAGCUGCCGAGAGACGCGGAGGCCUCCAACGUCCUGGUGGGGGAGGUGGACUUCCUGGACGCCCCGUUUGUGGCGUUUGUUCGUCUGCAGCAAGCCGUGAUGCUGGGAGCGUUGACCGAAGUUCCCGUUCCCACAAGGUUUUUGUUCAUCCUGCUUGGACCCAAAGGCAAAGCAAAGUCAUAUCAUGAGAUUGGCAGAGCAAUCGCCACCCUGAUGUCUGAUGAGGUCUUUCAUGACAUUGCCUACAAGGCGAAGGACAGGCAGGACCUGCUGGCCGGGAUCGAUGAGUUCCUGGACGAGGUGAUCGUUCUUCCUCCUGGAGAGUGGGACCCGACCAUCAGGAUAGAGCCUCCCAAAUCGCUGCCGUCCUCUGACAAAAGGAAAAACAUGUACGCAGGAGGGGAUUCUCAGAUGAACGGAGACAUGCCGCAUGGUGGCGGUCAUGGAGAUGGAGGCGGGCACGCUACAGGGGAGGAGCUGAAGAAGACAGGAAGGUUUUGUGGUGGUCUCCUUCUUGACAUCAAGAGAAAGGCGCCUUUCUUUAUCAGUGACUUCACCGACGCGCUUCACAUUCAGGUCCUGUCGACCAUUUUGUUUAUUUACUUGGGAACUGUGACGAAUGCCAUCACCUUCGGUGGUCUGCUGGGGGACGCUACAGAAAACAUGCAGGGUGUGCUGGAGAGUUUUCUGGGCACUGCCAUCACCGGAGGUGUUUUCUGCUUGUUGGGGGGUCAGCCUCUCAUUAUUCUGAGCAGCACCGGUCCGGUUCUGGUGUUUGAAAGGCUUCUCUUUAACUUCAGCAGGGAUAACAAUUUCGACUACAUGGAGUUCCGGCUGUGGAUCGGCCUGUGGUCGGCGUUCUUCUGCCUGGUGCUCGUUGCCACUGACGCCAGCUUCCUGGUGAAGUACUUCACCCGCUUCACGGAGGAGGGCUUCUCUUGUCUCAUCAGCUUCAUCUUCAUCUACGAUGCCUUCAAGAAGAUGAUCAAAUUAGCUCACCACUACCCCAUCAACUCGGUGUACAACAUGGAAAACAUCACGCAGUACGAAUGUCUCUGCAUGGGCCCCACGCUCUUAGAAAAUGAGACGGAGCUGCUUGACGAUCCUUUGGAAGACACAUCAUCGUGGUACAUGAACUACACAGGCCUGCCACCAAACCGCACGUGGUCGAGUCUCACCAAGUCAGAGUGUUUAAUGUACAAAGGAGAGCUGGUGGGAGAGGCGUGCGGCUACGUCCCAGACAUCACCCUCAUGUCCUUCAUCCUCUUCUUCGGUACCUACACCACCUCCAUGUGUCUUAAGAAGUUCAAAACAAGCCCCUUCUUCCCCACCACUGUGAGGAAACUCAUCAGUGACUUCGCCAUCAUCCUGGCCAUCCUUAUCUUUUGUGGAGUUGAUAUGUUUGUGGGAGUUGACACUCCUAAACUUAUUGUGCCAACUGAAUUUAAGCCAACAAGCCCGAAGCGGGGCUGGUUUGUGCCCCCGUUUGGAGGAAACCCCUGGUGGGUUUACCUGGCCGCCGCCCUGCCUGCUCUCCUCGUCACCAUCCUGAUCUUCAUGGACCAACAGAUCACCGCUGUGAUCGUCAACAGGAAGGAGCACAAGCUAAAGAAAGGGGCAGGUUACCAUCUGGACCUAUUCUGGGUGGCGAUUCUGAUGGUGGUUUGCUCCUUCAUGGGCCUGCCGUGGUAUGUGGCCGCCACCGUCAUCUCCAUCGCCCACAUCGACAGUCUGAAGAUGGAAACGGAAACGUCGGCGCCGGGAGAGCAGCCCAAGUUCCUGGGAGUGAGAGAGCAGAGGGUCACCGGAGUGUUUGUGUUCAUCCUGACAGGACUGUCUGUGUUCAUGUCUCCAAUUUUAAAGUUUAUCCCCAUGCCGGUCCUGUAUGGAGUCUUCUUGUACAUGGGAGUCGCUUCUCUUAACGGCGUUCAGUUUAUGGACCGGCUGAAGCUGCUGCUGAUGCCGGCCAAGCAUCAGCCGGACCUGGUGUACCUGAGGCACGUUCCCCUCAGGAAGGUCCACCUCUUCACCUUCAUCCAGAUCCUCUGCUUGGCUCUGCUCUGGAUCCUCAAGUCCACCGUGGCGGCCAUCAUUUUCCCCGUCAUGAUUCUCGCUCUGGUUGCGGUCAGGAAAGCCAUGGACUACAUGUUCUCCCAGCGCGACCUGAGCUUCCUGGACGACGUCAUUCCUGAGAAAGACAAGAAGAAGAAGGAGGAUGAGAAGAAGAAGAAAUGUGGCAGCGUGGACAGUGAUGGUGAAGAUGAGAGAAGCCCCUGUCAUUCCUUGAUCGACACACAUCGUGCUGAGCAGCUCCGCUUCUACCAGGACAGCUACUUAUCCAGCCCGGAGAUGACCCCGCUGAAGUCAGUGCCUCAGAUCAGGAUAGACAUGGAGCCGGAAGACGAAGACACGUUUUACUGGAGGGGCCGGGGAUCCGAAACGUCGCUGUAGACCACCAACCUGCAGCUUCCUGUCAAAUUAGUCUUAACUUUUCGCUUCUUUUAUGAUUUUAAGAGGUUUGUUUUGAAUUUCUGGGACUGAAAAAGGGAUAAUUUUUAAGUACUUCUGUCUUCACCUUCAUGUUGGCAUUUCUCUCACACCUCCAGUCUCACUUGUUGAUUAAAUUAACUCCUUACUGCUGAUCUAUGCAACUGCUGCCACAGUAAAUGCUGCAGCGCUCUCACUAAACAUGGAGUGCCGUCCCAUCUCUUUUUAUAUACUCAUAUUUAUGUAUAAAUACAAAUAUGACCUUUCAGAUUUUUUUAUAUAAACUGAACUACUCUAA